AUGAACGACGAGGACAACAGUCUCGACGAGGCUCGCGGUCGCGGCGAUGCUUAUAGACGUGACGUGACCAGCACGUUCGUGUCCGUCUCGCCGAACCAACGCUCGUCCAAACUGAUUGAUUUCACUCGUGAUAUCUGUGAUCCCUAUGAUGAUGUGCGCGUUCGAUUGACGAUUGAUGAAAUCAUCAGCGGUUGCAACCGUGGAAGAAGAAGGAAAGGAAGACGAAGACGAAGACGAAGUAAGCGGAAGGAGAAGGCGAAGAAAAGAGGGAACGAGCGAGUUCUAGAAACGGUUGGCCGGGAAGCCCGCAAUAAACAGAACGGACUACUGUCCGGGGCUAUGACGGUGAUGCUGCUGCAACGUUCAGUCACCCCGCAGUCGACGCACAGCCAAAAGACAGCGAACAAGGACUGCAGCGCGAAGCCGCCUUUCUUAUUCCUGCUCGACGACAGUCAGGAGCAUCGACACUCCAUCGACACGACCACCACGACGACAACUAACAACAACAACAACAUCAACAAUAACAACAAUAACAACAACAACAACAACGAAGUAUUUAAAGGCAACAGAAGAGACAGCGAUCGUUCGUACGUCGCCGACGAGGCGGCGGCGUCGGUGACGUCCCAAAGACGCGCCGACUGUGGCCAGGACGUCGCGAUGCGAUAUUACCGGCUCUGGAUCUACACCUGUAACUUGGUGCUGCUCGGUAGCGCGCUCGGCUUCGCCGCCGCGGUCUCACGAACACUUUUAUUCACCGGCGAUCCACGCCGGUACGUGGUGCCAGGGGUGCCACGCGCGUUCGACCCGACCGCCCUUUACGCAUACUUGGCGUUGGCCACGCAGUUGGGCCUGGUGCAACUGUUGGGUUGCAUAGCUGCGAGGAGAUUGAGCGCCAGACUCUUGAACGCCUAUUGGGUGCUGCUGUUGGCGCUGCUGUUCGGCGACGCUGUGAUCGGGGUCGCCUGGGUCUUCCGGUUCGAGAGGAUGCGCGCCGAGCUCAAGCCCACUCUCAGACAACGAUUGCAGAUGGAGUACGGCAAGGAUCUACGAUUCAGCGAGCAGUGGGACCGUUUGCAGAAGGAGUUCACCUGCUGCGGAGUGACUAGCUCCAGAGACUUCGGUGCUAGAUGGCCACAGACCUGUUGCGAGUCAACCGGCAACGUCAGUGACACCUGUCCUCAUCCGUACCCAAGGGGUUGCGAGGAUACGUUGGUGAAAUGGCUGCGAAAAACGGCGGACUUGCUGUUCGUAUUAGGCUUCUGCGUGAUAGCGUUCGCGAAAUUAUGUUUCCUGGGUAUACUGCGCUACGAGAUAAGGGAAAUGAUACAGAAGAUACGGUUGCUACGUGAACCACCGCCGCCGGCGACCACCCUCACGCAACCACCCUUCUCGCAAGUAAUACCGGAAGCAACUAACAACGGAAGUAUCGUCCGACGCACGACUCUCCCUAAUGCUGUCACUCCUUCCGGUAGGUUUCACCAAACAUUGUGA